AUGGACAAUAAAAAUAAAUAGGAUAUUGUAAAUGAAAAAGAGGAUUUACAGAAAAAUAUUCAAGAUUAAACAGAUAACCCAGAUGUUAUUAAUUAAAAGAAAUCAAAGAGAUUUAAAAAAUGCUUAGAAUGUGAUGAGUAUUAUGAAAUAAUUGAUAACAAAAGCGAUCAUAAUUGUAUUAGAGCUUUGAGAGAAAGAAUAGUUUAGCAACAAGAAUAAAUAAAUAAUAUGGUGACUAAAGAAUAAGUAGCUGAGAUAUUAAAAGGAUAUGUUUCUUAAGAUUCUUUCUUAAACUUUAUAAGAGCAACUGAGAAAAAAUUUUCUGAGCUUUUCCAUAGCAUGAAUAGCCAUGAGGAAUUACUAAAUUAAAAUAAAAAAUAAAUUACCAAAUGUCCUACAGGGCAUUUACUAUAGUAACUUACGGGACAGAGAUUAGUAUCAGUCACUUGUGAUAUAUGCCUAAAAAGGGCUUUGGAUCGUGGAAAUCAUACUUAAAGAUGCGAAGUAUGUAACUUUGAUAUAUGUGCCUCUUGCGAAAGCAUAAUUUAAAAAACUAAAUGCAAAAAUGGACAUGGAUUAAAUCCAGUCAAUCCUAGCGACUAUGAUUAGCUUUAAUGCAAUAACUGUUUAAAAGUUUUUUCUAAUACAGAAUCGUAUUCUUUUAGGUGUAAAUAAUGUGAUUACGAUCUAUGCCAAAAAUGCAUUUAAAUUAACACAACUAAAGAUAAAGAAAAAAAAAGUUUACUAUUUUUUUGA